AGGGGGACAUCCCCAAGCGGAAGUUGCAAAGCCCCGUAGUGGAUCCGGUCUUUUUCGACGUGUUUCGCCUCCGAAGAAAUUCCAGAAUGGAUGAUUGGGACGAUAGCGCGCCGACCACCGUUGGUGUUCCGAGUGAACAGAUGGAAAUCAAGCUUUUUGGACGUUGGAGCUCCAGUGACGUCCAAGUCAGCGACAUCGGUCUGACUGACUACAUUGCCGUGAAGGAGAAGCAUGCAAAGUACCUCCCACACUCGUCGGGACGAUACGCGAGCAAGCGUUUCCGCAAGGCACAAUGUCCCAUUGUGGAACGUCUCACAAAUUCCAUGAUGAUGCACGGCCGCAACAACGGCAAGAAGCUGCUGGCUGUUAAAAUUGUCAAGCACGCCUUCGAGAUCAUUCACCUCCUCACCGGAGAGAACCCUCUCCAAGUUGUGGUGAACGCCAUUAUCAACAGCGGACCUCGGGAAGACUCUACGCGUAUCGGUCGUGCCGGUACGGUGCGCAGGCAGGCAGUAGAUGUGUCUCCGCUGAGGAGGGUGAACCAGGCCAUCUGGCUCCUGUGUACGGGUGCCCGUGAGAGCGCCUUCCGCAACAUCAAGACGAUUGCGGAGUGCUUGGCUGACGAACUCAUUAAUGCUGCCAAGGGAUCAUCCAACAGCUACGCCAUCAAGAAGAAGGAUGAAUUGGAGCGUGUGGCCAAGUCCAACCGUUAAAACGUGUCGGCAACGAUGGGAAGGGAAUAAACGUGUUUCUUCCA